AUGGCGCUGUCCCUGUUACUGGCGCUCAACACAGCUCCCGCACUCUUGGGAACGCAAGAAGGCAUACGGCAGAGUCAAUCCAAGAAUCGUCGAGAAGAACAUCGUGCUCGACGAUGUAAUCUGGUAGUCACAUGCUCGGCUCUGUCAACUCGGAGCCUCGAACUCAAUAAUCGUCUGGUAAUCCUCCGGAACUCCAAGUUAUAUAUCGGAACUGGUACUGCACCACAAGAUUUCCCUGAUACGAUACCAUCCGUUAUAGGGCAUCCAUUCUGUGGGUAUUUCUUGCCUUAUCCGGACUCCAAUUAUGAAGGAGUAGUCAGCACGAUCACGGACGUCGCGCCAAUAUUGAACUGGAUCUAUGUCGAUAAAAACACGUAUGAAGUCAAGUAUGGUGUCCGAGACUUCGCUCAGCCAAAUCUCACCGGACCUUUCGACUGCACGCGGGAGGACAGGCGAAUGACCUUCGAAGGCUGGGAAGGCUUCGUGGUUGUUGAAGAGGCCCCCUACGUAUGGGCACUAUACUUCGAUCGAGACGACGAUGGCUUGAAGAGCAAAUUACCUCCAAGGACUAGGAUCCUAGAGGUUGAGCUGUCGAGGAGAGAGCAGAGGGUUGGCAAGCCAGUUGGACACGAACCUCAAACAUUAGACGAGAAGAUGCAACAGCAAAAACAGCAGGACGAAGAGACUCCACAACAGCCUCCAGAUGCAACACAAACUGCCGAUAAGAUGGAACAACAGAAGCAGGAUGAAGAGGGAAAACCAUCGUAA